UCAUACUGGUUUAUCUGUGUUGCCAGAACUUCAAUGUUCAAAUUGGGAUGUCCUCUAAUUGUGGUGGGUAAAAGCCCCUCCGCUGUAUGGACUUAUCGUCUGUGGGGGGUCUCAGAAGUUGUGUUCUCUGACUGAGACAUUGACGUAAGUUGAGGUAUAGAGUGUGGUAGGAGAGGAAGGACGGGAGCUAGUAGUGGCCCACGGUUUGUGUACCUGCAAUUACUAGGAGGCCGAGCUUCCAGAGUCGUAACAAGGCCAUAUUUCUUGAGCGCCAUUUGAUUUGAAUCUUGGUGUCGUAAUUGGAACAUUCUUAUCCUAUCGCACGCUGCAGUCUAAAGAAUGGCUCUCUCGGCAUCAAUCGUACUGGGUGAUGGAUUAACUCAAGUACUUCUUGGCGCACAAGUGGGAAAUAAGGGCAAUUUUAGGAGCGGAAAUAGGGCGGUCAGGACAGGAUUUCGAUGUGAAGUGAAGAGUAAUGUGGAAGUCGAUGAGAAGAUGUGCAGUGUGAGCGGACAAAAGUGUGUGAUGCCUCAGUCUGCAAGGAGAAAUUGUGGUGGACCUGCGGAGGCUGCCCGGUGCGCUCUCAACGAUGCAAUGUUGAUGUGUACUGUUGCGCAGAACAUCGAUGAACGGGCUCGUAAUGAUUUUUUGAUGUUGUUAAGAGAAAUAUUGCGUCUUGACAUGAGAGCUCGUGAGGGUGUUGCUCUUCUAGGUUCAGGGUUUUUGAAACUUGAUGCCCGUGCUCGAGAAGACGUGGAGAAGCUGGAUACUCAAGCACGCAAGGAUAUGAUGCGUUUUCGUCAUAUUGCUUUGGGGUUGACGGAGACUGCUUCUAUGGAGCUGAGUAGUGCUGCAGAGGAACAUUGGAACGAUGGAGCUCUGGAUGCCGAUUUGCGUCUGGCAGACUUGCGAGCUCGUCGUCGAGCUAUGGAAGAUCUAUAUGCCGCAUUGCAGGCUGUGAAGAGUGUUCACGAUGCCCUGGUCAGGACGUUGAAAAUUAGGUCAAUUAAGAAUUCACAUCUAGAUGUUGGAAAUGAUGGAGUGAAAGCGGGUGCAAUAGAAUACAAUGAAGGGUUUUCAAGUUAUCUGCAAAACAGGGAUCCAAUGUUAGAUCGCUCAACACCAAUUCAGGAUGCAUACUGGAAGAUGGCGUCAGCACUAGCUGAGGCAGAGGGCAUGGAGUGUACUGAUCCAGAUGAGCUAGAGUUCAUCGUGGCUGCAUUGCUGGACAUGGAGGAGGUCGACGGCGGAGGUGGUGCGUUGUUAGUGACCGAAAGUGCGAGCUCCCCUGAUGUAGCCACUCGCCUCGCAUUGGCAGAUGCACUAUCUGAUGCACCAUCAUUAUGGACGCUUGGGAACGCAGGCAUGGGCGCCCUCCAGAGGUUAUCGAUGGACUCCAAUCCAGCAGUGGCAGCAGCUGCUAGUAAGGCUAUCAAUGAACUCAAGUCACAGUGGAGACAACAAGACCAACUAAUUUUCCCCUACAGGCAGAUAGAUGAUGCAUCAGAAAACGAAUAGAAAGUUACAAGUCACCUUUGAUUCUUUGGCAACACACGCAGUCAGGUCUUAAUCACAAAUUGUGAUAUACCGGAACCAAUUGGUCCCACGUACGUAGAUUGUAGCAAAAACAUGUACAUUAGUGGCGAAGGUUGGUGCCCUCGGAAGUGGCUUUUAAGCUAUUUGCUAAAGCCCUCAAUGUUGAGCUGCAAAUCGUCUGUGUAUACGUGAUGGGAGAUGCUAAAUACAAGUUCGUGUUUAGAUGCAUUUGGAUGAGA